ACUUUUGACGGUGUGAAGUUUGUGUGUUUCUUUACCUGCGCGCAUGUGGAGCAGGUGGUUUUUAACGUGAGCACCUUGAAGGCUCUGCGCCGACGUUACUCUGUAACCAGGAGAGUAAACUUCUUUCCCUUGGUGCACCUGAAUGCAGCACCGUGCAGUGCCUCUGAGAACGGUUUUUGAGUUUCCUGUUUUUAACGCGAGGGUUACCGGAUAGUUUAUUUUCGGCAGUGUGCGCUGACGUGUUGUUUAUUAUAAGUAAAAAUGCUGUGACCGCUGAUAAACACCAGAAAAAAACCGGCAUGGAGCUGCGUUCAGGUGACCGUGUUGUAUGAAUGUCAGAUGGGGACGCUCAGCCUCUCGCGGCUGGUUAUUAAUUCAUGUUUGAUUCAUGUGGCCUCAGCAGGAGGCUCCCGAGUCUGAAGCGAGGCUGAGGCCUUCUGUGUGCAGUUUGCGCUUCCGGCCGAAAUAACUGAGGAACACUUCCUGCUAUGUCUCACGUUUUCCGGCAGAGAGAGCCAGAGAGUGACAGGGCAGAGCUGUGGGGGUGAGGGUUGUAGGGGGAACAGAGGGGUGCUGAAGAUGAGCAGGGGAGCAGAGACGACGAUGAUGAUGAUGAUGUUAAAUGUUAGAGUGCGCUCAGUUACACACGAAUCAUGCUGUGGGUGCAGCGGACAAACAGCGACACACACCCCUGCUGCUAAAAUGAGGAAAGAUGAGAAAAACAGCUUAAAACGCUGAAACCCUGCUGCCAGCUGAUGAACAGCUGAAGCACGGUACCUGUGCACAGGUGCAGCAGCAGCUCCGUGAAUGUGUGACCUGGAGUUCGCGUUAAUGAUGCACGAAGCGGUUUAAGAUCCCCGCUGUAAAAUAAAUAAUAAAUAAAAACUUAUUGUUUAGGCUUCUGCGCCUUAGAUCGCUUGUUUCUACAUUUCGUAUUUGAAUAUACAAGUUAACUAACAUGAAUUAGAAAAAAGUAUGUUCUGAAAAAAAGUUUUAACGCAGCAACAAGAACAGCUCCUCCUCCUCCUCCUCCUCCUCCUAUAGCCGUGUAAACAAACUCCGGUGUCCAGCAGCUGACGCGCGUCAGUUGCGGUUUUCCUGCAGAGAUGCACGUUCUUCUUGUGCUGUGCCUUCUGACUGUUCAGACUGCUGCAUUAGAAGAUAUCCCACAGGUCAAAGUGAGGCCUGGACAAGAUGUGACUCUUCAGUGUCAGGGACCCAGAGGAGUAAAUAUCACCCUGUUGGAGUGGAUCAGACCUGAGCUCAAGUCAGAGGGUUACGUGUUCUUCUACCGAAACCGGCGUCCAUACGAAAACUACCAUCAUGAGAGGUUUAAAGGCCGCGUGGAGCUCACAGACCCGUCUGUAAAACAUGGGGACGUUUCUCUGAUUCUGAGGAACGUCAGCAUCAGAGAUACAGGAACAUACAAGUGUCGGAUUAUAACCAGCAACUCCAGUAGCGGCGUGAGAGUCCAAAGUGAGUUCAAGCAGUCCAUCAACCUCACAGUCACAGAUUCAGAUGAUGACGCCAAGGAGAUAGGAGAGAAGGAUGGAGAAGACAAGAACGGAAGAGACAAGGAGAGAGGAGGCAAGAGGAUUCCUCCUUCAGUAAUAGUUAUUCCGCUAGCUGCUGUAGGUUUUCUUGUUGUUAUUGCUGUUAUUGCUGUAGUUAUCUACAAAAAAACAAAGAAAUCCUCAAAACAGAGUGGACCUUAUCAACAUCCACCUGAAACAGCUGAUGUGAAACCUGUCAGAUCUGUGUACACCUGAACCACCGCGGCUCUGCUGCUUCACAUAAGCUUAAAUAUGUCUGAAAAGAGUCCAUAUUAGCAACAGUGCUGCAGAAGCACUCAUUAGCCUCACAGUAGCUAUAGCAGUCAGCUGAUCUCAGGUCAGAUUCUCACACCUGUCAUGAGAACCAAUGUUAAAUCAGUGCUCCAGGUUUCUGGUAUGUUUAGUUUCAUAUUCAGUAGUAAAUGUGAUUAUCUAAUCAGCGAUUAAUAAGCACUUUGUGUGAUUAUAUUCAUGGAUGAUAAAACAGUGUAACAGCAUGUAGGGUGUGUGAGCUUACAUGCCACUGUGGGCAAAGGUGGAGGCAGAAAAUGGGGCCACAGUAUCGUGACUGAGAGGGUCUCAUGUGAAGUAUGUAGCUAAUUAUGCACUUUAUUAGCUUAAGAUUUUGUCUUGCACAUUUAAACCGUUUAUUAUUAUUUCUGGUUGAGCCAAUCAGCCACCUUCCUAAUUCACAAGUAAUGAACGAGGUAAUAGAAUCUAAUAUGAGAUUACAGUAUGAUAUAAUAUAUUUAUAUAAAAAUACAAAUAUUUAUGGUUUUAUUGCAUUAUUAUACGAGUUGAAGGAAGUUCUGAGUCAGAUCUGUAAAUUUCCCAAACCUCAUCAAUGAUUUAAUUUCAGCUCAGGAUCUGAUCUCAGUGCAGCUGCCCCCCCCCCCCCCCC